AUGUCACAUCAACAAGCAAUUGAAAACAACAAGAAGUACUUCGAUAAAAUCGCUAACGAGUAUGAUGCAAAGAUCUUGAAAACAGAUCUUGCAAAGAUCAUUCCUGAAUUCUUGGAAUCACAAAAGUCUAAUUUUAAAGGCAGAUUAUUAGAUUUCGCUUGCGGAACUGGUAUAAUGAUUGAAAACCUUGUUGGUUGUUUUGAAGAAGUUGUUGGUGUAGAUAUCAAUGACAAUUUAUUGAAUAUAUUCUCAUCGAGGAUCAAAGGAAAGGCUUAUAAGAUUGAUAUUCUUCAAGAAUCCACUGAAAUUCUCGGACUUUUCGAUGUAAUUGUUUGUACUUUAGCUUAUCAUCAUUUAGAUGAUUACGAAGCAAUUACUGCCAAAUUGUCUCAAUUACUUGCCCCUGAAGGUACUUUGUAUAUUGUGGAUUUAUAUAACUCCGAUGUUGAGAAUCUUAAUCCUAGACAAAGUGAAUCGGUCCAUAAUUCCGUCACCCAUAUGGGAGGAUUGAAGAAAGAAUCUCUUAUGUCUACUUUAGGUAAGGCAGGAUUGAAACCGGAAUUGAAAUUUGCUCUUGAGCAACCAAUUUGGCAAAUGGGUGAUUUUAUCAUCAACCAUGGAACCCAAAAACUCAUUGAUGAUUAUAAAAGUGGGAAAUUGGAGAGUAAGGAAAUUGAUGGUGAAACUUUUUACAGCUUUAAUACCGAUUUAGUCAUGGCUAUUGGUAAGAAGUAA